AAAAUUAAUACCUCGACAAAAUGGUGAAGAAGCAGAGGCUUAAACCUUGUGUGUAAGGGAGCACAGAGGUUUUGAUGGUGGGUUUGUGAAAUGGGAACCGAAGGAAGUUUUGAAAGCCUGCUGAGAUGGGCGGCGGAUCACGGAAUUUCAGAUUCUGUCGACAAACAGAGUUCACAUUCUUGUUUGGGUCGUUCUUUAUGCGUCUGUUUCUUCCCUGAUGCAGGCGGGAGAGGUUUGGGGGCUGUUCGUCAUCUUACCAAAGGAGAAUUAGUGCUAAAAGUUCCAAAAUCUGUCUUGUUGACGACCCAAAGUUUGUCGUUGCAAGAUGAGAAGUUAUCCAUGGCUCUGAAGAGAUACCCAUCUCUUUCUUCCACUCAGAAGUUGACCUUCUGUUUACUCUACGAAAUUGGUAAAGGAAGCAGUUCUUGGUGGUUCCCUUACUUCAAGCAUUUGCCCACGACUUACGAAACACUGGCAACUUUUGGAGAAUUUGAAAAGCAAGCCCUGCAGGUGGAUUAUGCUCUCUGGGAAGCAGAGAAGGCUGCUUCGAAGUCUCAUACGGAGUGGAGAGGAGUUAAAGGACUAAUGGAAGAAUCUAAUAUUAAAAACCAACUCCAAACAUUCAAGGCAUGGCUUUGGGCCUCUGCAACUAUAUCAUCUAGGGCAUUGUAUGUACCAUGGGAUGAGGCCGGAUGUUUAUGUCCAGUUGGUGACCUGUUCAAUUAUGCUGCACCUGAAGGGGAGUCCCUUGAUAUUAUGGAUGUUUCAUCAUUUUCCCAACAUGCUUCUUUGAAUGGAAACAUAACUACUGAUGGGUUACACAAAGAGGAACAAGAUACUCAGCGGGCUUUGACAGAUGGUGGAUUUGAGGAAAAUGUUUCUGCAUAUUGCUUCUAUGCCCGGGAAAGUUAUAAAAGAGGAGAGCAGGUUCUUUUAAGCUAUGGUACAUAUUCAAACUUAGAGCUUCUUCAAUAUUAUGGGUUUCUUCUACAGGAAAAUCCAAAUGACAGAGUUUUCAUUCCUUUGGAACAUGAAAUUUAUAGCUCCAGUUCUUGGCCUAAGGAGUCUCUUUUUAUUCACCAAAAUGGAAACCCAUCUUUUGCUCUACUUUCUGCUCUGCGAUUAUGGGCAACCCACCCGAACAAGCGUAGAGGUGUCGGGCAUCUUGCUUAUGCCGGGUCUCAACUCUCGGUCAAGAAUGAAGUAUUAGUCAUGCAAUGGUUAUCAAAGAACUGCCAUGCUGUUUUAAACAAUCUGCCAACGUCGGUUGAAGAAGACAAUCAGCUUUUGUGCAACAUCUGCAAAAUCCAGGAUUUGCAAGGACCAACGGAGCUCGGGAAGAUGCUAUUGACUGUCGGAGGCGAGUUUUGUGCUUUCUUGGAGACCUAUGGCCUGGUGAAUAGAGAGGAAACCGAGUUACACUUAACUGGGAAAAUUAAACGUUCUCUGGAGAGAUGGAAACUGGCAGUGCAGUGGAGGAUCUUGUACAAGAAGGCGUUGGUUGAUUGCACAAGUUACUGCACCAGAACUACUUGUUCUCUAUCUUCUUGAUCUGGUUGGCUGUGAUUACCAGGUACUCAAAACCUAUCUCUUUUACAUUCAAAGAAACUACUUGACAUAUUUUAUGAAAAGAAGUUAUUAGAUCACUGACGAAUGUUGUAACAUUGUGUCAUGAUGAAUGUUUAAACAUUGAGUGAGUGGUGUCGAGAUGAAUGUUAACAUUGAGUGAUUUAUGUCA